UAUGAUCCUGUUUAAGAGAAAGGGAGGGACAGAGACUGUUUUUCUCCCGCUCUGAUGGUGAAUUGGAGCUGUGCUGUUUUUUUUACCGUGGAUAAUCACAGCAGCUGCCGUGUUCGAGUUCUGCUGACCUGGAAGAUAAAACUGUAAACAAGAGAAGCAAAAACAGAAAGUCUGCAGCCCAGGGGGAUUGUGGGAAGGCGCCAGCAUGUGUGGUGUGCUCUCCUGGCUCAGCUCUGUGUUCCAGAGGAGGGGGGUAUCCCGGAACAGCCAGCCUGUGAAAAAAGGCUGUUCCCACACUGCCUCCCUCCCCAGGUCUGACCGCGCAGCUGGAGAAUAAAGGGACGGUCCGUGUGCACCCUCGCCUCUCGCGGUAAGGAGCUGUAACCGCGGCAGUAGGGCUAUCUUCUGCAGUUUUAGCGGCUGUUUUAUGUGCUGCUUGUUCUCUGAAGUGGACAGUGAGCAAGCGUUGGGGGUGGGGGGUGUUUCUGCCUGCUCAAACUGAAACUGGUUCAGCUGGUUUGGGGGCGGAGAGAAACACUCGGAAAGUCCAUUUUUUACGCUUAUUGUCAGAGGUGAAAGGAGAGAGAGAGAGAGAGAGAGAGAGAGGGAGGAGACUUUCUCUGCCCGCUUUCAGAGGGGAGCGGAGAACAGGAAAGUGUUUCUGUCUUGUUUUUCUGCAGGAGAGCGUGUGGCGUGCUCUGGGAGAUUUACUGCUUCCUGUGAACCCAGCCGUGACUUUGAGACGUCUGAAAAGACGAAGAAGAGAGAGAAAGAGAAAGGGAGAGAGAGGGACAGAGUUCCUGCAGGGGAAGCGUUUCCGGGUCGCCACAGUGCAGGGGAAGCGUUUCCAGGUUACCCCACUGCCGACAGAAGCGGAUUUGAUCUGAACUGUUUACUCUUUACUCUUUAUGAUUUUCCAUUUCCCCAGAAACAAACUGUUUAUUUUUUUUCCAUAUGGGGAUAUUCUCUUGGUUUGAACUUGGUCUGAAAAUCAUCACCUUUUUUUGCUGACCAGAAUAGCAUCCUGAAGACCGAGGAGCUGAAAACCUGGAACUUAAAGCUGAUUGUGUCCAAGCUUGCUGCAUUCCCAGUGAGAGACAGCAGGGCGCAGGGCAAUGGCCAUGGUGACCGGGGGGUGGGGCGACCCAAACGGGGACACUAAUGGGCUGGGGGGGGAGAAGGGGGGAUACCUGCAUGGAGGGGAGGGGGAGGAGUCUCCCCAGGCAGGGGGCAGUGACACAGAGCUGGGGGAGGAUGAUAAGGCCUGUGUAGUGGACUGUGUGGUGUGUGGGGACAAGUCCAGCGGUAAACACUAUGGCGUCUUCACCUGUGAGGGCUGCAAGAGCUUCUUCAAGAGGAGCAUUCGACGCAACCUCAGCUACACCUGCAGGUCUAACAGGGACUGUCAGAUUGACCAACACCAUCGAAACCAGUGCCAGUACUGCCGACUGAAGAAGUGCUUCCGGGUUGGAAUGCGCAAAGAAGUCCAGCGUGGGCGUAUCCCUCCCUCCCACUCCAGUAUCAGCCCCUCCUCCACCCCAGGGGGUGCGGUGGGAGGAUCAGUGGGCGGAGCGGGAGUGGGCGGGGCUGGAGUGGGCGGGGCCGAGUUUAUUAACGGCCAGCCGGUUUCGGAGCUCAUUGCCCAGCUGCUGCGGGCGGAGCCAUACCCGCCGGCCCGCUACAGCACACAGUACGGCCAGCAGGGCGGCGCUGUCAUGGGCAUCGACAGUAUCUGUGAGCUGGCGGCCCGGCUGCUGUUCAGCACCAUCGAGUGGGCCCGCAGCAUUCCCUUCUUCCCCGAGCUGCCCCUGUCCGAGCAGGUGGCCCUGCUGCGGCUCAGCUGGAGCGAGCUCUUCAUCCUCAAUGCCGCGCAGUCUGCUCUGCCGCUCCACGUCGCACCCCUGCUGGCCGCGGCCGGCUUCCACGCCUCCCCCAUGUCCGCCGAGCGCGUGGUCUCCUUCAUGGACCAGGUGCGCCUGUUCCAGGACCAGGUGGACAAGCUGACACGGCUGCAGGUGGAUUCCGCAGAGUACAGCUGCCUGAAGGCCAUCGCCCUCUUCUCCCCGGAUGCGUGUGGGCUGACAGACCCUGCUCAGGUGGAAGCACUGCAGGAGCGUGCUCAGGUGGCUCUGACGGAGUACGAGCGGGCGCAGUAUCCAGGGCAACCGCAGCGUUUCGGCCGUCUGCUGCUGCGUCUGCCCGCGCUGCGAGCCGUGCCCGCCUCGCUCAUCUCUCAGCUCUUCUUCGUGCGCCUGGUGGGCAAAACGCCCAUCGAGACCCUCAUCCGGGACAUGCAGCUAUCCGGCAGCUCCAUCAGCUGGCCCUACAUCCCGGGACAGUAACUGCCCAGAACAAACCCACACCGACCACACCCAGACCAACCUUCCCCACAUCAACCGCGCCCACACCGACCACACCCACACCCACCACGCCUACACCAACCACACCCACAUUGACCACGCUCACAGCCACCAUAUCUACAC